AUGAUUGGUUUGAUGAAACUGAGCCUUCCAGUGCGUGCGGGAGGUUUGUACACGUGGUCACGCUUCAAAGGCCAGUCAGCUUUGGGGAAGGGGGAACAUGUUCUGGCUCACAUGUCCUGCGAGAACUUGAGACGUGAGAAUGAAUUUCAUGGACUAAAGAACCUGGGAGAAAGCUAA